GCCUCAGACACAGCCGCUUUUCCGGCUCCGGGAAAAACAGUCAAGUUUUCCGCGCGGUUUUCAACAUUACAAACCCUUUUCAUAUAUCUUUUAUAUUAAUAUACAUAAUUCGUACUUACUCUAGUCCAUUUGAAAUUAUAACCAACUAAGUUCACGGUAUUCAAUUAUCAGAAUUCUUAAUUAUUCAGUGCAAAUAUUUAUAUCAGUGAAUGUUUAUUAGUUUUAAUAUAAAAAUAUUUUAAAAUCAAUACAUCUUUACCUACUAAUAUCAGUCACGAGUUCUAAACUGUAAUGAAAUCAUGAAGGUCCCCGCUCAAGUCAUACUGUUCCUCAGUGCAGUCUCAGUAGUAACACCAGGCAACUGGCACCGGCGGAACACCACGGGCUCACUCAACAAACACUGCAGCCUGGUAGACCACUCGUUAAGCACCCAGUGUGUGCAGACACAGUACCGGCUGCUCUGCAGAGGCGGCUUGACCAGAGAGUGGAUGAGGCAGGUCAAACAUGACAUAUCACAUCUCAGGGUGCUGGACUGUCCAGGCCCCUGCGUCAAUAUAACCAGAAUACAGCAACAGUUCCCAGAGCUAAGGAUUCUGGAACUCAUCAACUGCACUUCCCUGUAUACCUUUAAGGGACACUUCGGGACUCUUAGUAAAAUUAAGGAGCUUGUGAUUCGCGGCUCUCCCUCGCUAUGGGAGAUGCCGGCUGGAGUCAUCAUACAUAUGCCUGAGCUGCGAGUCCUGGACCUCCGAGGGAACGGCAUUAGGCACAUGCGAGAGGACCUACUGAGCGGGCCCCCAGCUUUGGAAAGGGUGCAUUUGAGCGAUAACCAAUGGGACUGCAGUGACGGAGGACUGGACUGGCUAGCCAUGCAGGACGAGCACAGUGCAGCUAGAAAAAGGAUCGUAGACUACGAGCAGCUCGUCUGCCACCAACAGCUGUAUAGAGGGAAACCACUGCACAAAGUCAUGGAUAUUAUAAAGACAAUGCACCAAACGUGUCCAGAGCCAUGCACAUGCACCAUGACCCACGUCGUGUCCGACGCAGCAGGGGCCGUCAUUCCGCUGAUAACCGUGAACUGUGCCAGCAAGCAGCUUGCAGCGCCGCCGGCGUCGCUGCCUCCCAACACCACCACGUUGCGACUCGAGGGCAACAAGAUAAACACAAUACGGUCUAUAGUCCAAAAUCCCCAGUACAGAAAACUGGCAGACCUCGUGCUGGACAAUAACAGCAUAUCAGCUGUGAAAGAGCUGGAAGGGUCUGAGUGGUUCACCACGUUUCGCGUGCUGAGUCUCCGUGGGAAUCUGCUAAAACAGGUGCAGUAUGAGACUAUUUAA